AUGGUGGAGGUCAUGGAGUUGGCCCUCAGGAGGUGGAGCUAACAGACGAAGAGAAGGAGAUCAUCAACAGUGUUCUGGCUCGGGCUGAGACCAUGGAGGCUAUGGAGCAGGAGAGGAUCGGGUGAGAGAGAGAGAGAGAGAAAGAGACAGAGUGAGAGAGAACGCGAGAGAGCGCGAGAGAGAGAGAGAGAGAGCGCGAGAGAGAGAGAGAGAGAGAGAGAGAGAGGGAGAGAGAGAGAGAGAGAGAGAGAGAGAGAGAGAGAGAGAGGGAGAGAGAGAGAGAGAGAACUGUGUGUGCAUGCGUGAGUGUUUGUCUUUGUGUGUGUGUGUGUGUGUGUGCGUGUCCGUGUGCGUGUGUGUGUGUGUGUGUGUGCAUACUGUGUGAUCUCUCCUCUAGGCGGUUGGCGACCUAUCUGGACAGUGUGUGUCUUUUGUGUGUGUGUGUUCUGCAGGCGUUUUGUCACUAAGUUGGACAGUAUGAAGAAGACGGCGUGUGGAGAUGGUCAGUCUCGUUGUCUGCUGUGUGGAGAGACGUUUGGCCAGCAGGGAGUCACCUCUGUACUCUGUUCCCACUGCAAUAAGGUAACAAACACACCUACCUACAGAGAAUACUACAACACAUUGACGGGACUCACAGGGGUAAACUCCUGUAUCUCCUGUAACUCCUAUAUCUCCUGUAACUCCUGUAUCUCCUGUAACUCCUGUAUCUCCUGUAUCUACGGUAUCUCCUGUAAUUACGGUAUCUCCUGUAUCUACGGUAUCUCCUGUAUCCCCGGUAUCUCCUGUAUCUACUGUAACUCAUUCUGUUUGUCCCUUUCUUUUGUUCUACUUUCUAGUUCUUGUUACUUCCAGCAAAGAUGAUACUGUCUGUAAGGUUCACUACAUGAGUGUGUGUGUGUGUGUGUGUGUGUGUGUGUGUGUGUGUGUGUGUUUCUGCCCCCAGCACAUGUGCAGUAAGUGUGGGAUUCAGAACAGCCAUUUGUCAUAUCCAGUGUGGGUCUGUAGGAUCUGCAGUGAACAGAGAGACAGAGAGAGAGAGAGAGACAGAGAGAGAGAGAGAGAGAGAGAGAGAGAGAGAGAGAGAGAGAGAGAGAGAGAGAGAGAGAGAGAGAGAAGAGAGAGAGAGAGAGAGAGAGAGAGAGAGAGAGAGAGAGAGAGAGAGAGAGAGAGAGAGAGAGAGAGAGAGGAGAGAGAGAGGAGAGAGAGAGAGAGAGAGAGAGAGAGAGAGAGAGAGAGAGAUGACAAGGGGAGAGUGAUGAGGGGAAGAAAGAAGGGGUGGAGAGACAGUCAUUAGCUUUAAUAAUUCUCAGUACCCCAUCUAAUUAUCCUCCAUUGAAUAUUCCCUCUUAUGAGAAACAAUUGUGGUUGCUUGUCCCUUCAGAAUCUAAAGUGGGGAGAGAGGAAGAGAAGGGGUAGAAGAGAGAGGAGAAAGGGUAGAAGAGAGAGAAUGAGAAAGAGAAAGGAUAGAAGAGAGAGAAGGAGAAAGAGAAAGGGUAGAAAAUGAGAAAGAGAAGGGGUAGAACAGAGAGAAGGAGGGAGAUGAGGGUUCAGCUGGUUCAGACUAAAUCACGCUCAUUUUAUUUGCUAAGUCCGUUCCACAGUGUUCUUUAGUGCUGGCCCUGUGUUCGGUGAAACCGCUCCCCCAGGGAACUCAGACCCUUUAAUUAAAUGGUCUUACCUGUCAGUCAAUGGGCGAUAACUAAUCUGCUAAGCACGCUACCCCCCCACUCUCUCUCUCUCCAUCUCAUUCUCUCUGUCUCUCACCAUCUAAUUCUCUCUCUCUCCAUCUCUCUCUAGUUGUCUUUCUCGCGCUCUCUCUCUCACUCUCACUCUAUCUCUCUCUUUCUCUACAUCUCUUCCUCUCUCUCUCAUUCUCUGUGUCUCUCCAUCUCUCUUUCUGUGUCUAGAUGUUGAAGCGUUCUGGAGCAUGGUUCUUUAAGGGCCAUCCCCAGCAGCUCCUCCCUGCUCCCCUGCCCAUCUCCAGGCCCAGAGGGACAGGUACAGAGAGCCCCCGUACCCAGACCCCUACCCAUGCCCAUCACCAGCCCAGCGCCCAGCCCUAUCCCCGUACCCAGCCAAGCUACCAGCCAGACCCUGGUGCCGAGGACUGCACAGAGCGGCAGGAGCAGCAGGAUAACUACUACUCCAACACACAGAACCAAGGUGAGCAGUGGAAACAAGCAUUUCGAUUUCACUACUAGUUGGACUUGUAUGAGAGGUAUAAGCAAAAGCUUUUAGUAUAUAUCUCAGAUGUUUGGUAUCGAGGACAUGUAAUCUUCCUCUCUCCGUCUUGUCUCAGAGCCCACUGAUGAGCCCCCGUACUCCAGUUCAGAGCAACAGGACCCAGAGGGCUAUAGCUCUGCUCAGACAUUAGGGGGCGUUGCUGAGGCCCAGGUUAGCCCUGCCGUGGAGGAGGAGGUGGUGAAGAUGGAGAGACAGUUAGGCUCCAGACCUCCCACAGCCAGGGGAAGAGAGAACACACCAGCACCAGCUGACACUGUCACAGCACAGGGUAUGAUUGAAGGGACAGUUCACCCAAAUUACAAAAUUACAUCUGUGUUGCCUUACUCCCACUGAGAGCAGUCAAUGGAUAAGAAGAAACAGCUUUGGUUUUGUUUACCUACCAAUUGCCACCAACGGCUAACUUGCAUAAUCCCUUCUACUUUGAGAUUGAGACUGGCUAAAUAUCUGUAUUUCUCUUCUUCAGCCCCUGCACCACAGAAGAGCAGAUACCCUCAGCAGAGAGAGGAGAGAACGCCACUUCCAGUCAGGGAGGAGAAACCCACUCCUGCCCCCAAACCCACCCCGGCACCACGCAUAGCCCCCGCUCCUGUCGAGGACGAUGACAAUGAAUACGACUCUGAUGAAUCCAGUAAGUGAGUGUGUGUGUGUUUGGUUUUACAAGGAUAGUGCGGAAAAGUGGGGACAUUUUCCCAGUCCCCACAAGGAAAAAGGCUUAGGGUUUAGGUUUAGGGUUAGGGUUAAAAUUAUAAUUAUGGUUAGAAUUAGGGUUAGAUUUAGAGUUAGGAGUUUGGGGUUAAGGGUUAGGGUUAGGUUAAGGGUUAGGUUUUGGGUUAGGGGUUACAACACAUCCGCCAGGCUGACCCUCAACACGGUGUCCCGUCAGGGGUGGGUGCUUAGUCCCCUCCUGUACUCCCUGUUCACCCACGACUGUGUGGCCGUGCACGACUUCUACACCAGCAUUAAGUUUGCUGACGACACAAUGUUGGUUGGCCUGAUCAUCGACGACAAUGAGACAGCCUGUAGGGUGGAGGUCAGAGACCUGGCAGUGUGGUGCCAGGACAACAACCUUUCCCUCAACGUCAGCAAGACAAAGGAACUGAUCGCGGACUACAGGAAACGGAGGGCCGAGCACGCCCCCAUUCACAUCGUCGUUGCUGUAGUGGAGCGGGUCAAGAGCUUCAAGAUCUUAGGUGUCCACAUCACUAAGGGAUUAUAAUGGUCCACACACACCAACACAGUUGUGAAGAAGGCACGACAAUGCCUCUUCACCUUCAGGAGGCUGAAAAGAUUUGGCAUGGGCCCUCAGAUCCUCAAGUUAUACAGCUGCACCAUUGAGCGCUGCACCACCGCUUGGUAUGGCAACUGCAAGGCAACUGACCGCAAGGUGCUAUAGAGGGUGCUGCUCCCUGCCAUCCAGGACCUCUAUACCAGGCAGUGUCAGAGGAAGGCCCUAAAAAUUAUCAAAGACUCCAGCCAACCAAGUCAUAGACUGUUCUCUCUGCUGCCACAUGGCAAGCGAUACCAAUGCACCAAGUAUGGACCAACAGGACCCUGAACAGCUUCUACCCACAAGCCAUAAGACUGCUAAAGCAUUGACCCUUUUUGUGCUAAUUAUUUUGACUCAUCACAUGCACUGCUGCUACUGUUUAAUAUCUAUCCUGUUGCCUAGUCACUUUCCCCCUCCUACAGUGCAUUUGGAAAGUAUUCAGACCCUUUGACUUUUUCCGCAUUUUGUUACAUUACAGGCUUAUUCUAAGAUGGAUUCUAUUGUUUUUUCCCCCCUCAUCAAUCUACACACAAUACCCCAUAAUGACAAAGCAAAAACAGGUUUUUAGAAUUUUUAGCAAAUCUGUUAAAAGUAAAAAACUCAAAUAUCACAUUUAUAUACGUUUUCAGACCCUUUACUCUGUAAUUUGUUGAAGCACCUUUGGCAGCGAUUACAGCCUUGAGUCUUCUUGGGUAUGACGCUACAAGCUUGGCACACCUGUAUUUGGGGAGUUUCUCCCAUUCUUCUCUGCAGAUCCUCUCAAGCUCUGUCAGGUUGGAUGGGGAGCGUCGCUGCCCAGCUAUUUUCAGGUCUCUCCAGAGAUGUUAGAUCGGGUUCAAGUCCAGGUUCUGGCUUGGCCACUCAAGGGCAUUCAGAGACUUGCCCCGAAGCCACUCCUGCGUUGUCUUGGCUGUGUGCUUAGGGUCGUUGUCCUGUUGGAAGGUGACCCUUUGCCCCAGUCUGAGGUCCUGAGCACUCUGGAGCAGGUUUUCAUCAAGGAUCUCUCUGUACUUUGCUCUGUUCAUCUUUCCCUCAAUCCUGACUAGUCUCCCAGUCACUGCUGCUGAAAAACAUCCCCACAGCAUGAUGCUGCCACCACAAUGCUUCACCGUAGGGAUGGUGCCAGGUUUCCUCCAGACGUGAUGCUUGGCAUUCAGGCUAAAGAGCUCAAUCUUGGUUUCAUCAGACCAGAAAAUCUUGUUUCUCAUGGUCUGAGAGUCCUUUAGGUGCCUUUUGGCAAACUCCAAGCGGGCUGUCAUGUGCCUUUUACUGAGGAGUGGCUUCCGUCUACCAUAAAGGCCUGAUUGGUGGAGUGCUGCAGAGAUGGUUGUCCUUCUGGAAGGUUCUUCCAUCUCCACAGAGGAAAUCUGGAGCUCUGUCAGAGUGACCAUCGGGUUCUUGGUCACCUCCCUGACCAAGGCCCUUCUCCCCCGAUUGCUCAGUUUUGCAGGGCGGCCAGCUCUAGGAAGAGUCUUGGUGGUUCCAAACUUCUUCCAUUUAAGAAUGAUGGAGGCCACUGUGUUCUUUGGGACCGCCAAUGCUGAAGACAUGUUUUGGUACCGUUCCCCAGAUCCUGUGUCUGAGCUCUACGGACAAUUCCUCAUGGCUUUGGUUUUUGCUCUGACAUGCACUGUCAACUGUGGGACCUUAUAUAGACAGGUGUGUUCCUUUCCAAAUCAUAUCCAAUCAAUUGAAUUUACCACAGGUAGACUCCAGUCAAGUUGUAGUAGCAAAGGGUCUGAAUACUUAUGUAAAUAAGGUAUCUGUUUAUUAUGUUUAAAACAUUUACAAAAAUGUAUAGAAAUCUGUUUUCACUUCGUCAUUAUGGGGUAUUGUGUGUAGAUUGAUGAGGAACAUUUGUAAUUUAAUAAAUUUUAGAAUAAGGCUGUAACGUAACAAAAUGUGGAUAAAGGGAAGGGAUCUGAAUACUUUCCGAAUGCACUGUAUAUGUACAUAUCUACCUCAAUUACCUCGUACCCCUGCACAUCGACUCAGUACUGGUACCCCGUGUAUAUAGCCAAGUUAUCGUUACUCAUUGUGUCCAUAUUUAUUCCUUGUGUUAUUAUUUCUCUAUUAUUUCUCAUCUUUUCUCUCUGCAUUGUUGGGAAGUCAGGAAGCAUUUCACCGUUUGCCUACACCUGUUGUUUACGAAGCAUGUGACAAAUACAAUUUGUCACAUGGGAAAAUUGGAUUUUGAAUGGGAAACAAUUGUUUGCAAAACAAACGUGUGUGUGUGUGGUUCCUUUUUAUUAAUUUCAAACAUUUGAUGACUUCCUCUACCUUGUCGCUAAACACGAUCCUCUACAUGCUGUGUAGCUACAUAACAAUCAAACUUUGUUAGCCCACAGGGGAAUGUGGUUCCCAAGCAGGGACAAUGUAGAACAACCAUAAAAUACACAUAUUCUACUGCACAGACACUCGCCUUCACUCUGUGAUUCUGUUAUUCCCUCACUCUCUCACUCUCUCUCUUUCUCUCUCUCUCUCCCUCUCUCUUUGUUGGUUGCAGUAACCAAUCUGAUGCUCUUUUGUCAUUAUUUUGUUCUGUCCUUCAGCCACGCUGGGGUUGCUGGAGUUCAUUCUGCAUUAUGAACAGGAGAACAACGCUCUGCCCUGCAACAUAGUCAAAGCCAAGGUAUACACACACACACAUACACAACACAGUGUGUACGCAUAUACAUAUAAACCACAUAGCUUCAAUGACAUGCUUGAAUGGUUCAUCUUUAGGUUGAUAUUCUCUCGCUCUCUCACUUUCUCUCUCUCUCCCUAUGUCUCUCUUUCUCUCUCAGUGUCUAAAGCCGAUGGACUCUAACGGACUAGCAGACCCCUACGUCAAGCUGCACCUCUUACCUGGAGCCAGUAAGGUAACUUCAACACUUCUGGUUUCCUAUAAUCUUCUCUUUGUGUUGUAGCCCUGUGUUUCUUUAAAAAAAAAGGUUUUAUGUAUUUUUUAUUGAGAUCGGACAGUGAAGAGGAGGCAGGAAAGCUAGGAGAGUUUGCAUGUAAGAAUUCGAACCCAAUGCCGACUCUGGCAGCUUAGGCUGUACAUGUGUGCUGUGAACUUUAACCGCUGGACCACACAAUAGGCCUGUACUCCUGCUUCCUGUUGACACAGACGUUCCCCUGGUGAAAUAAUCAUGUACAUCUAUUCAUCUUCUCUCCACAGUCUAACUGUUAGACAGUCUAAAAGUCUAACAAACUUUGCACUAAGUGAAAAUAAGAAAAAUCUUUCCCUCUCUCUCUGUCGCUCUCCCUCUCCAUUUGUCUCCCUCUGUCUCCUGCUCUAUUUCUUCCCCUGUCUCCCCCUCCCCCUCUCCGCGUUUCCUCCAGUCUAACAAGCUGCGCACUAAGACCCUGAAGGGCACUCUGAACCCAGUGUGGAAUGAGACUCUGGUGUACCAUGGUAUCACUGAGGACGACAUGCAGCGCAAAACACUACGGUAAUAACAGCCUCAACCAUACCACUACUGGAUAUAUGUGUGACACACUGGGUCAUCUGAAAUGAUUCGGAAAUGAUUCCUUUCAGUGGCUCUCCAUUUAGAUCAGUAUGAUUUCCCAGAGCUAAAGGGAAAGAGGAGAAUAAAAAUUGUUCUGUGAUGCAAGAAGAGAGUAAGAGAAUAAAACUCCUCUUCCUGGGCCUCCCGAGUGGCACAGCGGUCUAAGGCACUGCAUCACAGUGUUGCAGCAUCACUACAGCCUGGGGUUCGAUCCUGUGAUCAUGACCGGGAGUCCCAUAGGGCGUUGUACAAUUGGCCCAGUGUCGUCCGGGUUAGGAGAGGGUUUGGCUGGGGGGGGGGGCUUUACUUGGCUCAUCGCGCUCUAGUGACUCCUUGUGGCGGGCCGGGCGCCUGCAAGCUGACUUUGGUCGACAGUUGAACAGUGUUUCCUCCGACACAUUGGUGCAGCUGGCUUCCGGGCUAAGUGAGCGAGUGUUAAGAAGCAGCCCGGCUUGGCGGGUCAUGUUUCGGAGGACGCAUGACUCGACCUUCGCCUCUUCCGAGCCCGCUGGGGAGUUGCAGCGAUGAGACAAGAUCGUAAUUGGAUCACAAUUGGAUAUCACGAAAUUGGGAAGAAAAAGGGGGGGAAAUUAAAAGAAUAAGAUAAUAAAAUUCCUCUUCCUGCUUCCAGGCUGUCGGUGAGUGAUAUGGACAAGUUUGGACACAAUGAGUUCAUAGGAGAGACACGUGUUGCUCUGAAGAAACUCAAAGCCAACCAGAAGAAGAACUACAGCGUGUGUCUAGAGAGGGUGGUCCAGGUAAGAACUACAACAGUGUGUGUCCAUGAGUGCAUGCCUGGAGACAGUUGUCUAACCACUGAACCACUUGUGCGUUGUGGAGGCAACUGUUAAUAAUACUGAUAGAAGUGAUCUCACCCCCACGCUCCCUCUUGUCCCAGGUGAAGAAGACAGGCACAAGAGGCUCAGCCCGGGGCAUGUCUCUCUACGAGGAGGAGGUAAGACCCACCCGUUUCUUGUAGUUGGCCACCAGGUUUGCACACAUGUCAGGAGGGAUUUUGUUCCACUCCUCUUUGCAGAUCUUCUCCAAGUCAUUAAGGUUUCGAGGCUGACGUUUGGCAACUCGAACCUUCAGCUCCCUCCAAGGCGUACAAAAUCAGCAGGGGAUCAAAUACUUUUUUACCUCACUGUACAUGUACAAAUGAACUCGACUAACCUGUACCCCCCGCACAUUGUCCGGUACCCCCCGAAUAGCCUCAUUAUUGUUCUUUUAUUGUGUAACUUUUAUUUAGUAAAUAUUUUCUUAACUCUAUUUUCUUAAAACUGCAGUGUUGGUUAAGGGCUUGUAAGGAAGCAUUUCACAGUAAGGUCUACACCUGUUGUAUUCGGCGCAUGUGACAAAUACAAUUUUAUUUGAUUUGAUUUUAACACAGUACUCAGGGUUUACACUUGACGUUCACACCUAAGAUCUACACCUAACACAGUACUCAGGGUGUAAGGUUGGUGUGAGGUGUGACCCAGGUGCGGUGCAGGAUAGACAGUAGGCAGUAGGCAGAGAUGGUGGAACAAGGAUCUUUACUGGAGGUCCAUCCCCCGGAUGGCUGGUGAGGUCGGAUGCGUGCGCCCACUGAAGCAGUCGCAAGCACGCAGCCUUGGGUACGUACAUCCCCGAUGGACCUCCGCCCAGAUCGGGCUCCCGCCGUAGCGCUGCUCUGACCAGCCUAUUGAUUCCCCAUGAAACUGGGGCAGCAAUCAGGGCAUUGGGGACAAUGGGGUCGUCCCAGUCCACCAGGUCCACGGGGUCGAACGGCCGGGAGAACGCGUCAGGCUUGGUGUUCUUCGACCCCGGAUGGUAUGAGAUCGUGAACCGGAACCUGGUGAAGAACAACGCCCACCUGGCCUGGCGUGAGUUGAGCCUCUUGGCCCCCUGAAUGUAGGCUAAGUUCUUAUGGUCAGUCCAUACGACGAAUGGAUGGGCGGCCCCCUCUAGCCAAUGCCUCCACUCCCCCAGGGCAAACUUGACCGCUAGCAGCUCCCGGUUCGUAAUUCCGCUCUGCCGGGGACAGCCGAUGGGAGAAAAACGCGCAGGGGUGAGUCUUACCGUCCAUGAGGAACCGCUGGGACAGGAUUGCUCCCACCGCAACGUCUGAAGCAUCCACCUACACAAUGAACGGCAGGGACGGAUCAGGAUGCCCUAGGACCAGGGCCGAUGUAAAGCACCGCUUAAGCGCAUCAAAUGCGUUCCAUGCUUCCAGGGUCCAGGCGAAGGAGCGCAUGCUCGUCUGGGUGAGGGCUGUAAGGGGAGCGGCUAGGGAGCUAAAAUUGCAAAUAAAAAUUAGCGAACUCUAAAAACCGUUGUAGUUGGUUGAGGGAGGAGGGCUGGGGCCAAUCCAGUACCACGCUGACCUUGGCUGGGUCCAUCCGUAGGUCCCCCUGGGUGACGAUGAACCCCAGGAAGGAGACUGUCUCCGUGUGGAACAUGCACUUCUCCGCCUUGACGUAGAGCUGGUGACAGAGAAGGUGUUGGAGGACCUGCCGAACGUGCUGCUGGUGUUCACUCAUGUCCUUUGAAAAUAUUAGAAUGUCAUCCAAAUACAUGAAGACGCUGUAGUUGUGGAGGUCCCGGAGCACGUCGCAAGCCCGGGUCCGGAACUCCACGGAGUAGUCCGCCACCGAACGGUCAACCUGCCGACAGGCCGUGAGCCGCCUCUCGGCCUCGUACCCCGACACCACCCGAGAGGUGUCGAACACCUUGCAUAGCUCCCGGGUGAAUUGGUAGGAGUCGGAGCAUGCCGGAGUUUGGCUCUCCCACUCCGCGGUAGCCCAGGAAAGGGCCCUGCUGGGCUACCGCGGAGUGGUAAUGUAGACCACCAGCCCUGCUCCGUCGGGAAGGAGGAGGGUUGUAGGCUGAAUACCAGGGAACACUGGGUGAGGAAUUCCCUGCAGCCCUCUGUACGUCCGUCGUACCUCUCCGGAGGUGGUAGGCGGGGUUCCCGCGAUGUCGCAUGUGUUGCCAAUGCGCUACGAUACUGCGCUGCCUCCGCUGGGUCCAUAUUGGCUCAGUUUUCUGUAAGGGUUGGUGUGAGGUGUGUCCCAGGUGCGGUGCAGGAUAGACAGUAGGCAGUAGGCAGAGAUGGUGGAACAAGGAUCUUUACUGGUGGUCCAAAAGCCAGGAUACAAAAUAACAGACUUGUCACGAUAAAAUAAAAGAGGAGCAAAUUGGUCUCCAAAAACAGGCUGACAGCAGAAAUACGAAAUACUAACUAUGACUGAAACAACAAUGAAACAGGGAGAACACUUCUCAAGUACCUGUACAUACGUCUCACGAUCAGACACUGAUUCGUACUGCUUGGCAUCGAGAAACUAGCAGAGAAAACGGAGCAAGGGAACACAGGGAAGUGAGGGCAUAAAUACACAGGUGAACAGGUAGACACAGGUGACACCAAUAGGAUACUGAUUAGUCCAGACUGUGAGUGAGGAGGUGCCUAAGGUUGUCGGAGGAUGACACCUAGUGGGUCGCUCCGGAACUGCGACCCCCUCCUGUAACAUCAGGGUUUACACUUGGCGUUCACACCUAAGAUCUACACCUGACACAGUACUCAGGGUUUACACUUGACGUUCACACCUAAAAUAGUAGCUGAAUUCUGAUGUAUGAUUUAUGUCCAUUGAAUUUAGUGGGAACUUAUUCUGCACCCAUUAGGCAUCCUUGCCUUGCUACACAAUGCAAAUACCUUUCAAGGACAAUGUACAGUUCUAUUCUGAUCUAUUUAUACUGGGACCUGUGGCCCUGGUCCAUAUUCCAGAAGGACAUGGUUGCUUUUACUGUCAGAAUGUUGUGCCUAUAGUUUUCCAGACAUUACAUAACUCAGGUUAUCUAAUGUAUGUGUAACCCAUGUUAGAGAACAUUAUAUUAUCAUGUACUCUAACCUAGAUUAAAUAUACACUGAGUGUACAAAACAUUAAGAACACCUUCCGAAUAUUGAGUUGCACCUACCCCUUUUGCCCACAGAACAGCCUCAAUUUGUCAGGGCAUGUACUCUACAAGGUGUCGAAAGCCUUCCACAGGGAUGCUGGCCCAUGUUGACUCCAAUGCUUCCCAAAGUUGUGUCAAGUUGGCUGGAUGUCCUUUGGGUGGAAACUGUUGAGUGUGAAAAACCCAGCAGCGUUGCAGUUCUUGACACAAACCGGUGUGCCUGGCACUUACUACCAUAGCCCGUUCAAAGGCACUUAAAUAAACUCAGCAAAAAAAGAAACGUCCCUUUUUCAGGACCCUGUCUUUCAUAAAUUCGUAAAAAUCCAAUAACUUCACAGAUCUUCAUUGUAAAGGGUUUAAACACUGUUUCCCAUGCUUGUUCAAUGAACCAUAAACAAUUAAUGAACAUGCAUCUGUGGAACCGUGGUUAAGACACUAACAGCUUACAGACGGUGGGCAAUUAAGGUCAAAGUUAUGAAAACUUAGUACACUAAAGAGGCCUUUCUACAGACUCUGAAAAACACCAAAAGAAAGAUGCCCAUGGUCCCUGCUCAUCUGCGUGAACGUGCCUUAGGCAUGCUACAAGGAGGCAUGAGGACUGCAGAUGUGGCCAGGGCAAUAAAUGUCCGUACUGUGAGAUGCCUAAGACAGCGCUACAGGGAGACAGGAUGGACAGCUGAUCGUCCUCGUAGUGGCAGACCACGUGUAACAACACCUGCACAGGAUCGGUACAUCCGAACAUCACACCUGCGGGACAGGUACAGGAUGGCAACAACAACUGCCCGAGUUACACCAGGAACGCACAAUCCCUCCAUCAGUGCUCAGACUGUCCGCAAUAGGCUGAGAGAGGCUGGCUUGUAGGCCUGUUGUAAGGCAGGUCCUCACCAGACAUCACUGGCAGCAAUGUAGACUAUGGGAACAAACCCACCGUCGCUGGACCAGACAGGACUGGCAAAAAGUGCUCUUCACUGACGAGUCGCGGUUUUGUCUCACCAGGGGUGAUGGUCGGAUUCGCGUUUAUCGUCGAAGGAAUGAGCGUUACACCGAGGCCUGUACUCUGGAGCGGGAUCGAUUUGGAGGUGGAGGGUCCGUCAUAGUCUGGGGCGGUGUGUCACAGCAUCAUCGGACUGAGCUUGUUGUCAUUGCAGGCAAUCUCAACGCUGUGCGUUACAGGGAAGACAUCCUCCUCCCUCAUGUGGUACCCUUCCUGCAGGCUCAUCCUGACAUGACCCUCCAGCAUGACAAUUCCACCAGCCAUACUGCUCGUUCUGUGCGUGAUUUCCUGCAAGACAGGAAUGUCAGUGUUCUGCCAUGGCCAGUGAAGAGCCCGGAUCUCAAUCCCAUUGAGCACGUCUGGGACCUGUUGGAUCGGAGGGUGAGGGCUAGGGACAUUCCCCCCAGAAAUGUCCGGGAACUUGCAGGUGCCUUGGUGGAAGAGUGGGGUAACAUCUCACAGCAAGAACUGGCAAAUCUGGUGCAGUCCAUGAGGAGGAGAUGCACUGCAGUACUUAAUGCAGCUGGUGGCCACAUCAGAUACUGACUGUUACUUUUGAUUUUGACCCCCCCUUUGUUCAGGGACACAUUAUUACAUUUCUGUUAGUCACAUGUAUGUGGAACUUGUUAAGUUUAUGUCUCAGUUGUUGAAUCUUGUUAUGUUCAUACAAAUGUUUACACAUGUUAAGUUUGCUGAAAAUAAACGCAGUUGACAGUGAGAGGACGUUUUUUUGCUGAGUUUAUUUUGUCUUGCCCAUUCACCCUCUGAAUGGCACACAUACACAAUCCAUGUCUCAAGACUUUAAAAUAUUUCUUUAACCUAUCUCCUCCCCUUCCUCUACACUGAUUGAAGUGGAUUUAACAGGUGACAUCAAUAAGGGAUCAUAGCUUUCACCUGGUCAGUCUAUGUCAUGGAAAGAGUUAUUAAUGUUUUGUACACUCAGUGUACAUGACUGACCAGGUAAAUACAUGACCAGUAGCAGAGAGAUUAUAUGUACAGUGGCUUGCGAAAGUAUUCACCCCCUCCCCCCCUCCCAUGGCAUUUUUCCUAUUUUGUUGCCUUACAACCUGGAAUUAAAAUUGAUUUUUUGGGGGGUUGUAUCAUUUGAUUUACACUACAUGCCUACCACUUUGAAGAUGCAAAAUAUUUUUUAUUGUGAAACAAACAAGAAAUAAGACAAAAAAACUGAAAACUUGAGCGUGCAUAACUAUUCACCCCCCAAAGUCAAUACUUUGUAGAGCCACCUUUUGCAGCAAUUACAGCUGCAAGUCUCUUGGGGUAUGUCUCUAUAAGCUUGGCACAUCUAGCCACUGGGAUUGUUGCCCAUUCUUCAAGGCAAAACUGCUCCAGCUCCUUCAAGUUGGAUGGGUUCCGCUGGUGUACAGCAAUCUUUAAGUCAUACCACAGAUUAUCAAUUGGAUUGAGGUCUGGGCUUUGACCAGGCCAUUCCAAGACAUUUAAAUGUUUUCCCUUAAACCACUCAAGUGUUGAUUUAGCAGUAUGCUUAGGGUCAUUGUCCUGCUGGAAGGUGAACCUCCGUCCCAGUCUCAAAUCUCUGGAAGACUGAAACAGGUUUCCCUCAAGACUUUCCCUGUAUUUAGUACAGGUAUUUAGUGGGCGGCAGGUAGCUUAGUGGGUAAGAGCGUUGUGCCAGUAACCGAAAGGUCGCUGGUUCUAAUCCCCGAGCCGACUAGGUGAAAAAUCUGUCGAUGUGCCCUUAAGCAAGGCACUUAACCCUAAUUGCUCCUGUAAGUUGCUCUGGAUAAGAGCGUCUGCUAAAUGACUAAAAUGUAAUGUAAAUGUAGUACCAUCCAUCAUUCCUUCAAUUCUGACCAGUUUCCCAGUCCCUGCCGAUGAAAAACAUCCCCACAGCUUGAUGCUGCCACCACCAUGCUUCACUGUGGGGAUGAUGUUCUCGGGGUGAUGAGAGGUGUUGGGUUUGCGCCAGACAUAACGUUUUCCUUGAUGGCCAAAAAGCUCAAUUUUAGUCUCAUCUGACCAGAGUACCUUCUUCCAUAUGUUUGGGGAGUCUCCCACAUGCCUUUUGGCAAACACCAAACGUGUUUGCUUAUGGAUUUAAUGGUGCUCCAUGGGAUGUUCAAAGUUUCUGAUAUGUUUUUAUAACCCGACCCUGAUCUGUACUUCUCCACAACUUUGUCCCUGACCUGUUUGGAGAGCUCCUUGGUCUUCAUGGUGCCGCUUGCUUGGUGGUGCCCCUUGCUUAGUGGUGUUGCAGACUCUGGGGCCUUUCAGAAUUGGUGUAUAUAUACUGAGACCAUGUGACAGAUCAUGUGACACUUAGAUUGCACACAGGUGGACUUUAUUUAACUAAUUAUGUGACUUCUGAAGGUAAUUGGUUGCACCAGAUCUUAUUUAGUGGCUUCAUAGCAAAGGGGGUGAAUACAUAUGCAUGCACCACUUUUCCAUUAUUAUUUUUUUUAGAAUUUUCUGAAACAAAUUAUUUUUUUCAUUUCACUUCACCAAUUUGGACUAUUUUGUGUAUGUCCAUACAUGACAUCCAAAUAAAAAUCAAUUUAAAUUACAAGUUGUAAUGCAACAAAAUAGGAAAAUCGCCAAGGGGGAUGAAUACUUUUGCAAGGAACUGUAUACAUACUGUACAUGACCAUCUUUGAUAUGUAAAUCUCUAUGGGGAAAUUCUUAUCGUAUUGGACGUAAAUACACUUGUAAACCUUUUUGUGUGUGCAUGCCUGCAUGUGUGUCCUACAGGUAAAGGAGGAUGAAGCAGAGGAGAGGGGUCGUAUCCUGGUUUCUUUAACCUACAGCACCCAGAAGGGUCGUCUGAUAGUGGGAGUGGUGCGCUGUGCUCACCUGGCAGCUAUGGACUCUAACAGAUACUCAGACCCCUUCAUCAAGAUGUACGUGUUCUAUUCAUCUAGCCACAGUAUCUAUCUAUCUAUUCUCAGAACCCUUCGUCAAGAUGUACAGUGGGGGAAAAAAGUAUUUAGUCAGCCACCAAUUGUGCAAGUUCUCCCACUUAAAAAGAUGAGAGAGGCCUGUAAUUUUCAUCAUAGGUACACGUCAACUAUGACAGACAAAAUGAGAAUUUUUGUAGGAUUUUUAAUGAAUUUAUUUGCAAAUGAUGGUGGAAAAUAAGUAUUUGGUCAAUAACAAAAGUUUCUCAAUACUUUGUUAUAUACCCUUUGUUGGCAAUGACACAGGUCAAACGUUUUCUGUAAGUCUUCACAAGGUUUUCACACACUGUUACUGGAAUUUUGGCCCAUUCCUCCAUGCAGAUCUCCUCUAGAGCAGUGAUGUUUUGGGGCUGUCGCUGGGCAACACGGACUUUCAAGUCCCUCCAAAGAUUUUCUAUGGGGUUGAGAUCUGGAGAUUGGCUAGGCCACUCCAGGACCUUGAAAUGCUUCUUACGAAGUCACUCCUUUGUUGCCCGGGCGGUGUGUUUGGGAUCAUUGUCAUGCUGAAAGACCCAGCCACGUUUCAUCUUCAAUGCCCUUGCUGAUGGAAGGAGGUUUUCACUCAAAAUCUCACGAUACAUGGCCCCAUUCAUUCUUUCCUUUACACGGAUCAGUCGUCCUGGUCCCUUUGCAGAAAAACAGCCCCAAAGCAUGAUGUUUCCACCCCCAUGCUUCACAGUAGGUAUGGUGUUCUUUGGAUGAAACUCAGCAUUCUUUGUCCUCCAAACACGACGAGUUGAGUUUUUACCAAAAAGUUAUAUUUUGGUUUCAUCUGACCAUAUGACAUUCUCCCAAUCCUCUUCUGGAUCAUCCAAAUGCACUCUAGCAAACUUCAGACGGGCCUGGACAUGUACUGGCUUAAGCAGGGGGACACGUCUGGCACUGCAGGAUUUGAGUCCCUGGCGGCGUAGUGUGUUACUGAUGGUAGGCUUUGUUACUUUGGUCCCAGCUCUCUGCAGGUCAUUCACUAGGUCCCCCCGUGUGGUUCUGGGAUUUUUGCUCACCGUUCUUGUGAUCAUUUUGACCCCACGGGGUGAGAUCUUGCGUGGAGCCCCAGAUCGAGGGAGAUUAUCAGUGGUCUUGUAUGUCUUCCAUUUCCUAAUAAUUGCUCCCACAGUUGAUUUCUUCAAACCAAGCUGCUUACCUAUUGCAGAUUCCCAGCCUGGUGCAGGUCUACAAUUUUGUUUCUGGUGUCCUUUGACAGCUCUUUGGUCUUGGCCAUAGUGGAGUUUGGAGUGUGACUGUUUGAGGUUGUGGACAGGUGUCUUUUAUACUGAUAACAAGUUCAAACAGGUGCCAUUAAUACAGGUAACGAGUGGAGGACAGAGGAGCCUCUUAAAGAAGAAGUUACAGGUCUGUGAGAGCCAGAAAUCUUGCUUGUUUGUAGGUGACCAAAUACUUAUUUUCCACCAUAAUUUGCAAAUUAAUUAAUUAAAAAUCCUACAAUGUGACUUUCUGGAUUUCUUUUCUCAAUAUGUCUGUCAUAGUUGACGUGUACCUAUGAUGAAAAUUACAGGCCUCUCUCAUCUUUUUAAGUGGGAGAACUUGCACAAUUGGUGGCUGACUAAAUACUUUUUCCCCCCACUGUACGUGUUCUAUUCAUCUAGCUACAGUAUCUAUCUAUCUAUUCUCAGAACCCUUCGUCAAGAUGUACAUGUUCUAACAUACCUCUCAACGUGACUGAUUUUGUUUCUUCUCUCUAAUAUCUCCUUUUCCUACAGCAGUAAAACAUUGAUGGAUGGAUGAAAUUAUUGGUUGAUUGAUUGAUUCUCUCCUGUGAUUGUGACCUGCAGCUGCCUGAAACCAGACAUGGGGAAGAAAGCCAAGAACAAGACCCAGAUCAAGAAGAAGACCCUCAACCCAGAGUACAACGAGGUUAGUGUCCCCUUCAUAUCUGUCUCUACCAACACAAUAUCUGGUUCAAGGCCAUUGUUUUAUUAAUACAGAGUCUAAUGGCAGUCUGUCUAUGCACUGAGAAAUGGAGUCUGAUGGCUGAAGUUGUUGCAGGAGUUCAGCUAUGAGAUCAAACAUGGUGAGCUGGCCAAGAAGAGCCUGGAAAUCUCAGUUUGGGACUAUGACAUGGGAACAUCCAACGAUUUCAUUGGUGAGUUGGGACUAUAACAUGGGCACAUCCAGUGAUUUUCAUUGGUGAGUUGAGAAAUCCAACAAUAUAAUUGGUGAGUUCAAUUGAGAUGGCAUAAUGAAUGUACUUGUAGUUACUGAUUUUUAUGUUUAACAAAUUAUAUUCUGCAGUUUUUAAGCCGACUUAAAAAUAAUAUGUUUAAAAACCUUCUUCUCCCCCUCCAGGAGGGUGCCAGCUGGGCAUCACAGCCAAGGGGGAGUGUCUGAAGCACUGGUACGAAUGUCUCAAGAACAAAGACAAAAAGAUUGAGCGCUGGCAACGACAACACCGUCAAAGACACGGACGACUGAGACAUGACCUCUUCCUCCUCCUCCCGCUUCCUCUUCUUUCUCUUCCUCCUCCUCCCUCCUAA